AUCUUAUACUGCACACAAACAGACAGACAAACAGGAAGAGGCAGGCAAGAUACAAUGCACAAAGAACCCAGACCAUACGGUUGGUGUAGUGGUUAAGACCCGGGUUUGUGACGUGGUUUGGAACAAGGGAGUCUACAUGUUUCUUCCCACAGUCGAAAAACAUGCAGAUGUGGGGAUUAGGCAAAUUGGACACCUUAAAUUGACUGGACGGUUGUUUGUCUCUAUGUGACCCUGUAAUAGACUGGAGACCUGUCCAGGGUGCACCCCACCUUUUGCCAUAUGCCCCCUGCUGCCCUCUUGUGGAGAAUAAAGCGAUAGACGAUGGAUGGAUGGGUAUACAGUAUAACCGGAUGGUCAAUUUAUUGUGGGAUGUUUUCCUUAAAGUAGUGAUACAUUUAGUACAAUGAAUGCACCAUCGCUCAUUAAUUCCCCAGAGACUGGAGCAAGACCCACAGGCACUUUUACAGAAUCUGUUUUCAAGAUUUAUAACCUACAACACAAGCAGAACAUUUAAUUGUGAUUAAAUGUAUCACACAUAUUUGAAAUGGCUGGUUUAGAAAUGGCAGAAUGGGACCCCAUAAUAAACAUGAGAUACAGAGACAGACAUACCACAUUCAAUUGGGCCUUUGCUUCAACGAGAUUGGUGAAAAUAAUACGAUUGUCCAAUCAGAGACAACAGUAGGCGGGACAUCCGGUGUAAGGGGGCGCGUUUGUGUUUGGAGGGAAGUUUAACACCGACAGACAAACAACGACAAACCACUGGGCGAAUAAAUGGAUAAACAAGUGGUGAAUGAAGUCUGUAAACAACUUCUGGGCAAACGUGACGAACUCUCAGUCAUAUUUUUGUUUUCGUUUAAUAGGAUGAAUAUGUAAAAGCGAUGUGCAGUUGAGUUAACAUGUCGGGGCAUGUCCUCAGUCGCUACUAGCUCCGCUACCACAGAGUUUGCCGCAGUGCGUUGGAUUCAGGCUGCGAGUUUAUGCGGAAGAUGCCGAUACGCGAUCAUAAAUAAUUUAAAAUCGAAUGCUAUUGAUCAUGGACCAAAAGAAGAAGACCCUGGAAAGUCAGCUCAGGAAAGCGGUGAACGAUGGACAACCCAGAUUAGUGCAGCUGCUUCUGUCACAAAGUGCAUGUCCUGACCUGGUGGGCAGUAAAGGGGUGGCUGCCAUGCACUUGGCCGUUGGAAAAGAGUCUGAGAAGAACACACGCUGCUUGAAAAUGUUGCUGCAAUCUGGAGCGGACCCUAAUGUCAGGUCAUCAGAUGGCCUGACUCCUCUCCACAUUGCUGCUUUGUGGGGAUGUUUUCAAAAUCUGAAGAUGCUCUUGAUGAAUGGAGGUGAUCCAAACAUUAAGGAUAAUGAAGGAAAUACACCAGGGCAUCUUGCUGAGCAACAGGAGAAUAGAAAAUGUGCCCUGCUCCUUCAGGAGUACCAGACCAGCUCAGCAGAGGAGGACGGAUUCCCUCAAUUCCAAUAUUCUGUGUAUUCGGACCAGUCAGACAUGUCCAGCUAUCCUGGUUCAGACUGCAGCUUCACUUCUCACUCAUCUAUCAUCAGUGACUUUGGCGAAGCCCCAUUAAGCAGCACAAGGCGCUCAUCAUUUUUAAACCCAUAUAACAGACUUUCUAAUAUGGAGACUAAGAGUCAUCACAGCCAGGACUGGAACAAUUCCUUUGCACACUGGGCAGCUGAAGGUCCCUCCAUACUAUCAAGUACUCGCAUGUCUUGUGUGGGAACUGUAGCUCCAAUGCCAAUUCUUAAGGAGGAUGAUGUAUUUAUUGAUGAAGAUGUUUCCACACUUAAAUCAAAAGAAAAUACUGCUACAACUAACAGCAAAAUGUCUCCAUCCAGAAGAGACACUCUCCCAGCACUUCUCUCUAGGCGAGCAAGUCGCAAGAGUGUGAGUUUUAGGGAUGUAGAUGAAUAUUUCCCUGUUUUUAGUCCAAAUUCUCCCAAAGAGCAGCCUGCUGGUGAUGGCAGAGAGUGCCCUAGUUACUUAUCCUUUGACCUUUCUGAAUAUUCUGACUUCCUUGACUCGGACCGCAUGGCCACAGUUUUAAACAAGCAGGGUAUUGACGUGACGUCACCAGAUCACGUAUACAUUUUCUGCAGGGAGAGCAGCACAAGCACAGAAGAGGACAUGGAGAAAACCGUCAUCAAUCAUUGUGCUUUGGAAGAGAGUGAUGAUGAACAGCAGGGGGAAAAUGUAAAAAAUGUGCACGCAAAUGUAACUGAAAAGCCAGCACAUCCAUGCGGGGGCAGCAGUAGCAGUGGGACCACUAGUAGUCAUUAUAGUAGCUGUGAGAGUGACCAUUACACCAGUGCUUUGGAUGUUUCCUUGCAUCCCAGACGGGCUUUACUUCCUGAAGCAGAGGACGUUUCUGCUGACUCUGAAUCUGAAGCUGAAUCUGGCAAAAAGACUUCUACACAUUCUGAUUCUGUGUGGCAAGAUGGGAAUCUUCCACACGUUAAACUCCAGAUGGAUUCAGAGCAUGAAAUGUUAGCACAUUUACCAGGAAUCCUUGGUGAACUUAACUUGUGUGAGACAAAACAUACAAAAAGUGAUGCGUUUGCUUGCGAUGGGCAUGUGGCGGACAAUACAAGCGAAGAUGGUGUUGACAAGGUGGCUCCAAGGCUGACUAGAGACACCACAUCUGAUCAGGCAGCUGAGAUAUCAGAGGAUGUAGCUAACCUCCCGUUCACACCCAGUCCUUUUGUAACUGGCAGGACUCGCUCGAGGUUGAGUCGCUGUUCGCUGAGAACAAGCAAAACACCAGAGAGCCUCUUCACUGCAUCUUCUCUGUUUGAGGAGACCCUACCUACACCAGUUCGAUCACACCGCCAGACACCUAGAUAUCAGAGCAGUGAAGAAUAUUACAGUUCACCACACAUACCUUGUUUUGCACCAACCUAUACAGGGCAUAGCACAGGAGAAGACUCAUUGCACGAGGAAAGCCAGGACACACAGUCCAGCACCCUCAAAGUGGGUUCAACUGUUAGCAGUAGCCAAGCGGACACUCUCAUCCUCCCCAAGAGCAUAAGCGACAGUGACACUGAAUCACAGACUUUAUCAGAUACGUGUGUACUGGAGAAAAAACAGGACUCUUCACUUAAUGCAUAUGAAAAAAACCUUGACGAUAUUAUGCUUGCUAUGCAGUGCCAAGAUCAGAAUCUUUCUGAAGGUGGGGAUUUUAUGACGAAUGAUCUGACAAGUACAGAUGAGGCGACAACAAAAGGAAAGGUAAAUGAUAACCCUGUUGAGGAUGGAGUAGCCAGUCUAAAAAAUGAAGAUGGCUGGCUCACCGAGGACUGGAGCACUCAGCCAGACUCUGUUUCCUCUUCAUCCAGCUCCAGCUACUUUUCCCCUAGGAGGUCCAGGGAAGAUUCUGACCCGCCGUGCACCCCUGGCACUGGAUGCACCCCAAGGUAUAGCAUGAGCAGAGUGUCUAGUUGCCACAGGCCACAAAGCCUGGCUAACCUGUCUUACACCCCUGGGGGGCGUCCACUUAUUCAAGAUCUGGACGAACCAGUGGAGUACCUCUACACUGACACAACACAUGGUCACAAGUUGAUUGAGACCCACGUCCCACCAACAGCAAACACCUCACUCUCCUCCAGCAUGAGCACGACCAGCAGUGAGGAUACCAUCCUUUAUGACUGGCAUUCCUUGCAGGCCAAAGUGGUGAGCAAUGGAGGGAAGGAGAACCAGAAACCUCUGAGGGGGAUGCAGAAAGAGAAAAAUGGUGAGCGCGAGGAUCAUUUUUCGCCAAAGACUAAAGGGAUGACUGACAAGGAGCUGAGACAGAGACUGCUAGAAAUGGGCGAAAGUCCAGGACCCAUCAGCAGCCGGACCAGGCCCACCUACCUACGAAGGCUAUGUCGUCUGUUGCAGGAGUCAAACUCCCAAUCACCUCAUCACCAGAAACAAUUAGACCAACCACAAACACCAACAGGUUAUAAUCCAGAAUUGCGCCGGGCCCUGCACACGUUCAAGCUGCCUAGUUGUCAGGCAGACGAGCAGGAUUUGUGUCUGCAGUUUGACCAAGCAGACCAAAAUAGAAAGUGGAGAGAGGGCAUCAUCAAGUCAAGCUUCAACUACCUGCUGCUAGAUCCAAGAGUGACAAAAAACCUCCCUUUCCGUAGUCACACCAUGACGCCGCAGGAGUGUUUCCAGACUUUUAUCCAUGCUAUAUUUUAUGUGGGCAAAGGGAAACGCUCCCGUCCCUACAGCCAUCUGUAUGAGGCUUUAGAGUACCACAGAGGGGACAAGACCUCCAAGAAACUGUGCCCCAAAGUGCAGCACAUCCUUGAGGUAUGGAAUGCCGGACAGGGCGUCAUCUCUCUGCAUUGUUUCCAGAACGUCAUCCCAGUGGAGGCAUACACAAGAGAGGCCUGCAUGGUGGAGGCCAUUGGUUUGAAGAUGCUCACUAAUCAGAAGCGAGGUGAUUUUUAUGGCGUGGUGUCAAAUUGGCAGACAAAGCGGAAACAGGAGCUGGGUGUCCAUCUGCUCUACAGAGCCAUGCAGAUAUUCCUGGCUGAGGGUGAGAGACAGCUCAGGCCAGCAGACAUCAGACAGUAGUGACCCCUACUGGAGAGGGCUGUGAACUGCAGUAAAAGACAAUGCAUAAAGGGGGGGAGCCACAAGUCACUCACUGGAAAUCUUCUGGUGAUUUACUCCUGUUAAGUCCGUCACUGAAGAUUGUGUUUACAUUUAAAAAUGUCUACUGAUUCCACCUUUUUUCGAUAUGUAUUCAAAUCAAUUCUGCCUGAUUUUCUUUUGUGUGCAUUAUUUUUUUGUAUGUUCGAUUGUCGCUUUAUUUCCUUCAUGCAUUACCCGAGGGAAACAACAAUGUUUGAUAAUUAACUAAUGAAAAAGUUCAGGUGGAACUCGUGUCAAAUGUCAAAACAAAUAAGCACUACAGUUAAUUUGCAGAAUCAUGUAAUUAUGUUUUCAGAUUGUUUCGCCGUCUUCAACUAUCUUAUGAAAAAUAUUCAUGUCAGCAGGUGCUGCUAUAUAAACGAUUCAAAACACAAUUUUAAUUAUUUUGGCAGGUAGAAUGAUAUUAGCAGAGGAAGCCUGAUACCUUAUCACAUUACUUUCCUGUUCUUAAGAAGAUCUGGAGAAUUGAUCAGUAGUCAAUAAUUGAUACCUUGCUAUGUUUCAUGAAGGAAUUGGCAGCAGAGUGUAGAGGAAGUUGAGAAGUUUGUUUUAAAUACGUUAAAUACUAUGUUUCCGUGGCUUAGUUUUGUUGUGCUCAAAUGUUUUUUGCAGAAAAGCUGAUGGUGUUGGAGCCUCCGAUAGUAAUUGCUGUUUUGUUUAUUGUGUACGAUGUCAUAAUAAUCAGGUUUAUGUAGAAGACGGACGCUUGAGUUUGUAGGUAGACUCUAUCAGCACAAGUUAGCAGAACAGAACUAUCGUUUGUGAUAUUUUACGUGUGGUGAUCCAUGUAAAAUAUCAGGGCCUAGUCUGUAUUUUAGUGACUAUUUCAAAUGAACAUAAUAGUUAUAAAAAUGUUUUCCCACUGCCAUGUUCUAAUUAUAAAUGUUAAGAGUGAUGUGCUUCAAAACCGUUAAUCAUCACACUCUCGUUAAUACUUCACCAAUCUGGAAGCUGCACAGUCUUUAUCUCUCGCUAAAGGCUUUAUGAAUCAUGAUCUAAAAUGUGUAUUUUAUAAAAAUUCUAUUUUUUUUACAUCAUCAGUCCCCUGGUGGGCGCAACAACAUUAACAUUUAAUUAUGAAAUACAUGUACUGCAUGCAAAUAAUUCCCUCUGUUAAUUUAGCUAGUUUUGAUACCAUGUUUUCAUAGUUAAAAAUGUGUCUGAAAUGUUUUGUUUGAAUAUCAAAGCACGUCUAUCAUUGUAGGUUGAUGAUGCAUGGAAGCCAAUAUGUGUUAUGUUUUAAAAGAAAUACAGAAAACAAACUUGAA